CUGACUCCAGAUAUCAAACACUCGUCAGAUGGUCUCGUGGUUGAGCUCAACGCACUGCCACUUGCCAAUCUACGCACGUUCAUACUCGAUGAGGUGUAUCUAAACCCGCCGCUCGUCGCAAUGCAGAACAAUAUCCUCGUCAUCAAAACGCUGAUGCUCCUCGAGCAGAACUGUCCUACCUUGGAGCACUUCGAGCUGCGUCUCGUACUAGAUCAGACAGUCCCGGCUUCCAGGGGCGUCUACACGCUGGCUGGGCUCUUCCUCUUCGGUUCGUUCUCGCCUGACAAUGGGCCCAAGCCCAUAGGGUUGACGUCCCUCGACGGGCUCCGGUGGAAUCUGAUCGAUCUCGCGCUCGAACGCUUGGCUGGGCGAUGCCCGAAGUUCGACGUCACGUUUGCGCUGCGCGCGGUUAACAUUGACGUGUUUUAUGGGGACAUGGCUGCCGAUGCUGCACUGGCGAUUGAGCAUGCGAUCACGAGCCACUUGCGUUCUUCUUACGGUCAUAAGGCGCGCUCUUCGUAUGCGCUGGACCCGACCGAGCACAGUUUUGAGGUAUUGAUGGAUGUUGUAUUCCUGCGCAAGGGCAGGUGAAAGUCGUCCGUGCUCCAGAACGUGUAUAGAGCCUGGGAAUGUUUCCCUC